AUGAAAUUGAGUCUCUUAAUAAUUGGUUUGGUGAGUUUUUUGACCUAAAAAAUAUUUAUGGAACUUCUCUUUUUUUUUUUAGAUUUUAUAUGGAUUUGGAUUUGUUGAACCUCACGUUGAAAACAGAAUUAUUGGUAAGGUGCAAUUCAAAAAAAAUUGCUGAAAAAAAUUAUUUUUUCCCAGGAAAACCAUUGGUGUCUUGCUUGAAAACUGGUGUAUUUUUGGAAGCGGAAGUUGAGAAAAUAUUCGAGGGUCAAAUUUAUGUGAGAGGUUCUAGAAACACGCAAAAUUGUUGGAAGAAAUAUGAAAAUGGAGAAUCUAGAUCUAGAAAUCUACAAUUUCAAAUUGAUAAAUCUCAACUUACAUCUUGUGGAUUUCAAUUUUCCAGAAUCGUAAGUUGUCUAUUUUCAGAGUUGAAAAAAAUAAAUUUUAAUUAUUUUCAGCCUGCUUCAUCUAAAUAUCUAGGAACUGGAAAUAUUAUUGUGGCAUUUCACCCGGAUUUGGUGACUUCUUCGGACCGCGCUUUUUCAGUGAAUUGUGAAUUUGAAGAUGAAAAUCUGAUUGAAAAUAAUCUGUGAGUGAGUAAAUUAAUAAUGAAUUUUAAAAAAAAUUGCAGAGAAACCACAAAAUUAUAUGGAGAACUGAAAUAUGUUCCGAAAAUUUCAAUGUCUAUAGAAUCACAGCAAGGAAAUCGGAAAGAAUUUGAGAUCGGUGAACCUUUGAUUUUCAAGUGGGAAUUCGUGGAAAAGAAGCAGGGAAUACUUGGGUUAUCACUUGAAAGAUGUUCGGCUGAAACAUCGGAUGGAAGAGGGAUGAGAAUAUUGGAAAAUGGAUGUUCUUUGGAUGAAGAAUUGAUAUCUGAUUCAAUGGUUUCCCCCGAUUACACAAGGAUUUUGGCGAAUUCGGAAGCUUUCAAAUUCCCUGAUGAAACACAAGUCUUCAUUCGAUGUUAUGUAAAGAUAUGUGUGAAAAGAUUCAAUCAUCUAUCGAAUUCAAUAUCUUCGGAUUUGUGUCCAGUUGAGAGAAGUUGUUCAGAAAAAUUGAGAAAUCGAAGGGAAUUGAGGAAUUCAACAUUGAUUCCAAUUACAGCAAAUUAUCGGAUAAGAAGAUCGCAAGCUUUGAAAAGUGAUGGCAAUCAGCAAUUUCAGAUUUGCAUGCAUGAAAAUGUUUAUUUCCUUGGUAUCUCGUCGAUUUUUAUCAUGUAUCUCUUAACAUUCUCUACUUUUGUCUUCAUUAGAAAGAUCUCAUAA